AUGCUUUGUCCUUGUACACUUAAAAUUUUUGGAUAUGGAGCAUUGGGAUUUAUCUUAUUGAAAUUUUUUUUUAUUCUUAAACGUCUGUUUUAUCCAUUUUUUAUUGCAUCCCCAAUUAGUUUAAUCAAGAAAGCUGGAGCUAGAUGGGCUGUUGUAACAGGAUCAACAGAUGGUAUUGGUAAAGCUUAUGCUAUACAGUUAGCUAAAAAAGGUUUCAAUAUUGUUCUUAUUUCACGUAAUCCAACAAAAUUGCAAGAUGUCAAACAUGAGAUUGAAAAAAUUUCACAAGAUAUUGAAAUCAAAACAAUUGCUUAUGAUUUUACAAAUGCUUCAUUAAAUGAUUAUGAAAAAAUUAUAUUAAGUGAACUUAAAAGCCUUGAAGUUGGUAUUCUCAUUAAUAACGUUGGUUUAUCUUAUGAAUAUCCAGAUAUUCUUCAUAAGAUUGACGGUGGACUUCAAAGAAUAACUGAUAUCACUGUAAUUAAUACUCUUCCUCCAACAUUACUUACUGCUGCCAUUCUUCCACAAAUGGUUGAACGCAAAAGUGGUAUAAUUGUAAAUGUUGCUUCAUUUGCCGGGUUUCAUCAAAUGCCAAUGUGGGCUGUUUAUUCAGCAACAAAAAAAUAUGUCAAUUUUCUUACUGAAAUUCUUCAGAAAGAAUAUUCUAAUACGGGAAUUUGUUUCCAAGCUCUUAAUCCAAUGAUGGUUGCUACAAAUAUGUCUAAAGUUAAAAAGACAUCAUUUUUCACACCAUCUCCAUCACAAUACGUCAAAAGUGCUCUUAAUACAAUUGGUAAUGCUUCUAGUACUACUGGAACUUUUGCUCACCAACUUCAGGCAGAAAUUUUAGGAUUGUUACCAGAAUUUGUUCUUGAUUAUAUUUUUUGGUCUACAAGUAAAGUAACAAGAUCAAAAGCUUUGAAAAAGAAAGAAAGGCUUGCAGCUGAAGGAAAAAAAGACUAG